AUGCCGGUGAGCAGGAUCGCCGUGGGCGCUCCGGGCGAGCUGUCCCACCCCGACACCGCCAAGGCCGCCGUCGCCGAGUUCAUCUCCAUGCUCAUCUUCGUCUUCGCCGGCUCAGGAUCCGGGAUGGCCUUCAGUAAGCUCACGGACGGCGGCGCCACGACUCCUUCCGGCCUGAUCGCCGCGUCUCUGGCUCACGCCCUGGCCCUGUUCGUGGCCGUGUCCGUGGGUGCCAACAUCUCCGGCGGGCACGUGAACCCGGCCGUGACCUUCGGCGCCUUCGUGGGCGGCAACAUCAGCCUCCUCAAGGCCGUGGUGUACUGGGUGGCCCAGCUCCUGGGCUCCGUCGUGGCCUGCCUCCUCCUCAAGAUCGCAACGGGCGGCGCGGCCGUGGGCGCCUUCUCGCUGUCGGCGGGCGUGGGCGCCUGGAACGCCGUGGUGUUCGAGAUCGUGAUGACCUUCGGGCUGGUGUACACGGUGUACGCGACGGCGGUGGACCCCAAGAAGGGCGACCUCGGCGUCAUCGCGCCCAUCGCCAUCGGCUUCAUCGUGGGCGCCAACAUCCUGGCGGGGGGCGCCUUCGACGGCGCCUCCAUGAACCCGGCCGUGUCCUUCGGCCCGGCCGUCGUCAGCGGCGUCUGGGAGAACCACUGGGUGUACUGGCUCGGCCCAUUCGUGGGCGCGGCCAUCGCGGCGCUCGUCUACGACAUCAUCUUCAUCGGACAGCGCCCGCAUCACGAGCAGCUGCCCACCGCAGACUACUGA